CCCGGGCAUACAGGCUUGGCAACGUGGCAGGGGGUGGGGAGUCCUCUCUUGGGUCCCCCAGCCUGCUUCCUCUGCUUUCUCGGCAGCACGGGCUGCCAUGGGCUCCGUGGGCAGCCAGCGCCUCCAGGAGCUCAGCGCAGCGGGCACACCUCACAGGAGUGUGGUAAUGAGCUUCAGCUUCGACAGUGGCCAGCUGGAGGAGGCGGUGGCAGGGGCAGCUCAGACCCCGGGCGGUAGGGCCAGGGACAUCCCAAUUUUCACGGACUCUGAGGAGCCGGUGCCCGAUGACCGCUACCACGCCAUCUACUUUGCGAUGCUGCUGGCUGGUGUGGGCUUCCUGCUGCCAUACAACAGUUUCAUCACCGACGUGGACUACCUGCACCACAAGUACCCAGGGACCUCCAUCGUGUUUGACAUGAGUCUCACCUACAUCUUGGUGGCCCUGGUGGCUGUGCUCCUGAACAACGCGCUGGUGGAGAGACUGAGCCUGCACACCAGGAUCACUGCAGGCUACCUCUUAGCCUUGGGCCCCCUCCUCUUUAUCAGCGUCUGUGACGUGUGGCUGCAGCUCUUCUCUCGUGACCAGGCUUACGCCAUCAACCUGGCGGCGGUGGGCACCGUGGCCUUCGGCUGCACAGUGCAGCAAUCCAGCUUCUAUGGGUACACGGGGAUGCUGCCCAAGAGGUACACGCAGGGGGUGAUGACGGGGGAGAGUGAGUAUCUGCAGCCCCCGGAGCCGGGUGCUGGAACCUUCUUCCUGGGACUGAGGCGGGUCAUCUGGGCCGACAUGCUAUCCAUCGCCGUGACCUACUUCAUCACGCUGUGCCUGUUCCCGGGUCUCGAGUCCGAGAUUCGCCACUGCAUCCUGGGCGAGUGGCUGCCCAUCCUCAUCAUGGCCGUGUUUAACCUCUCUGACUUCGUGGGCAAGAUCCUGGCAGCCCUGCCCAUGGACUGGCGGGGCACCCAUCUGCUGGCCUGCUCCUGCCUGCGCGUGGUCUUCAUCCCCCUCUUCAUCCUGUGCGUCUACCCCAGCGGGACGCCCGCCCUGCGCCACCCGGCCUGGCCCUGCGUCCUCUCCCUGCUCAUGGGCAUCAGCAACGGCUACUUCGGCAGUGUGCCCAUGAUUCUGGCCGCGGGCAAAGUGAGCCCCAGGCAGCGGGAGCUGGCAGGGAACACCAUGACCGUGUCCUACAUGACGGGGCUGACGCUGGGCUCGGCCGUGGCCUACUGCACCUACAGCCUCACCCGGGGCGCCCCCAGCAGCUGCCUCCACACCUCCACCACCAACGCCUCGGCCCCCGCCGGCCCCUGAGCCAGGCCCGAGCCCCGUGCUGCCCAGGGUG